CUGAGGCUCUGUUUCCAGACAACUUGGCAUCAUUGGUCUGAAAUCUCUCUGCCAGCCUUAGAGACAGAACUGGGCAGCUGAAGACAGUCCUGAAGUCUUCCAGGCACGGACCUCCGGCUGGUUUGCUUGUCCUCACCCUGCACAGCACGGCCAGUGGCGAGCUCCUGAGGGACACCCGUCUGAGUUUAAAUCCAGAUACGUGACCUGCCUUGGAAAGCCAGAGAGAUGGCCUGUCCCUGGAAGUUUCUGUUUAAGGGCAAAUCCUACCAGUUCGACUUGACUGAGGAAAAAGACGUCAACAACAACGUGCCGAAAGCCACCCCUGCUCUCUUCAGCUCAGUGACGCAGGAUGACCCCAAGAGUCACAGCCUCAGCAAGCUCCAGAAUGAAUCCUCCCAGCCCCUCGCAGGGACAGGAAAGAAGGCUCCAGAAUCCUCCACCAGGUUGAACGUGCGCCCGUCGGCCUGCCCACAGCAUGUGAGGAUCAAAAACUGGGGCAACGGGAUGACUUUCCAGGACACACUUCAUCACAAGGCCCAGAGGGAUUUCACCUGCAAGUCCAAAUCUUGCCUAGGAGCCAUCAUGAACCCCAAAAGUUUGACCAGAGGAUGCAGGGACAAGCCUACCCCUAUGGAAGAGCUCCUACCUCAAGCUAUCGAAUUUGUCAACCAGUAUUAUGGCUCCUUCAACGAGGCAAAAAUAGAGGAACAUCUGGCCCGGGUGGAAGCGGUCACAAAGGAGAUAGAAACAACAGGAACCUACCAGCUGACUGGCGAUGAGCUCAUCUUUGCCACCAAGCAGGCCUGGCGCAAUGCCCCCCGCUGCAUCGGGAGGGUCCAGUGGUCCAACCUGCAGGUCUUUGAUGCAAGGAGCUGCUCCACCGCCCAAGAGAUGUUCGAGCACAUCUGCAGACACCUGCGCUACGCCACCAAUGACGGCAACAUCAGGUCGACCAUCACCGUGUUCCCCCAGCGGAGUGAUGGGAAGCACGACUUCCGGGUCUGGAACGCUCAGCUCAUCCGCUACGCUGGCUACCAGAUGCCCGAUGGCACCAUCCUAGGGGACCCUGCCUCCCUGGAGUUCACCCAGCUGUGCAUCGACCUGGGCUGGAAGCCCAAGUACAGCCGCUUCGACGUGCUGCCUCUGGUCCUGCAGGCUGACGGCCGUGACCCCGAGUUCUUCGAAAUCCCACCUGAUCUCGUGCUUGAGGUGCCCAUGGAACACCCCAAGUACGAGUGGUUCCGAGAGCUGGAGCUGAGGUGGUACGCCCUGCCUGCAGUGUCCAACAUGCUGCUCGAGGUGGGAGGCCUCGAGUUCCCAGGGUGCCCCUUCAAUGGCUGGUACAUGGGCACAGAGAUCGGAGUCCGGGACUUCUGUGAUGUCCAACGCUACAAUAUCCUGGAGGAAGUGGGAAGAAGGAUGGGCCUGGAGACACACAAGCUGGCCUCACUCUGGAAGGACCAGGCUGUCAUUGAGAUCAACAUCGCUGUGCUCCAUAGUUUCCAGAAGCAAAAUGUGACCAUCAUGGACCACCACUCGGCUGCGGAGUCCUUCAUGAAGUACAUGCAGAACGAAUACCGGACCCGCGGGGGCUGCCCGGCCGACUGGGUUUGGCUGGUCCCUCCGAUUUCUGGGAGUGUCACGCCCGUGUUCCACCAGGAGAUGUUAAACUACAUCCUGUCCCCGUUCUACUACUACCAGGUGGAGCCCUGGAAAACUCACGUCUGGCAGGAUGAGAAGCGGAGACCCAGGAAAAGAGAGAUCCCAUUCAAAGUCUUGGCUAAAGCCGUGCUGUUCGCGUCUGUGCUAUCGCGCAAGAUGAUGGCAUCCCGAGUCAGGGUCACAAUCCUCUUUGCAACGGAGACGGGGAGGUCGGAAGCGCUGGCACAGGACCUGGGCACCUUGUUCAACUGCGCCUUCAACUCCAAGGUCCUCUGCAUGGACACGUACAGCCUGAGCCGCCUGGAGGAGGAGCAGCUGCUCCUGGUGGUGACCAGCACAUUUGGGAAUGGAGACUCCCCUGGCAACGGAGAGAAACUGAAGAAAUCCCUCUUCAUGCUGAAGGAGCUCACCAACAAAUUCAGGUACGCCGUGUUCGGUCUGGGCUCCAGCAUGUACCCCCAGUUUUGUGCUUUUGCUCACGACAUCGACGAGAAGCUGUCCCACCUGGGGGCCUUUCAGCUUGCUCCGACAGGGGAAGGUGACGAGCUCAGUGGGCAGGAGGAGAGCUUCCGCAGCUGGGCUGUGCAAACCUUCAAGGCAGCCUGUGAGUGUUUUGAUGUCCGGGGCAAACAGCACAUCCAGAUCCCCAAGCUCUACACCUGCAGGGUGACCUGGGACCCACACCACUACCGGCUUGUGCAGGACCCACAGCCUUUGGAGCUCAACAAAGCCCUCAGCAGCAUGCAUGCUAAGUCCGUGUUCACCAUGAGGCUCAAAUCUCAGCAGAACCUGCAUACCCCAAAAUCCAGCCGCACCACCCUCCUGGUGGAACUCACCUAUGAGGGCAGCUCCAGACUGAACUACCUACCCGGAGAUCACCUCGGGGUGUGCCCAUGCAACCAGCUGGCCCUGGUGCAAGGCAUCCUGGAACGAGUGGUGGACGGUCCUGCACCCCAGCAGCCUGUGCGCCUGGAGACCCUCGACGAAAGCGGCAGCUACUGGGUCAAGGACAAGAGGCUGCCCCCCUGCUCACUCAGCCAGGCCCUCACCUACUUCCUGGACAUCACCACGCCCCCAACCCAGCUGAUGCUCCAGAAGCUGGCCCAGCUGGCCACAGAUGAGGCGGAGAGACAGAGGCUGCAGACCUUGGCCCAGCCCGCAGAGUACAGCAAGUGGAAGUUCACCAACAGCCCCACAUUCCUGGAGGUGCUGGAGGAGUUCCCGUCCCUGCGGGUGUCUGCUGGCUUCCUGCUCUCCCAGCUCCCCACCCUGAAACCCCGGUACUACUCCAUCAGCUCCUCGCAGGACCACACCCCCUCGGAGGUCCACCUCACCGUGGCCGUGCUCACAUACCGCACCCGAGAUGGCCAGGGCCCCCUGCACCAUGGCGUCUGCAGCACAUGGCUCAGCAGCCUGAAGCCCCAAGACCCAGUGCCCUGCUUCAUGCGAAGUGCCAGCGGCUUCCGGCUCCCCGAGGACGCCUCCCAUCCUUGCCUCCUCAUAGGACCCGGCACAGGCAUCGCCCCCUUCCGCAGUUUCUGGCAACAGCGGCUCCAUGACUCUGAGCACAAAGGGCUCCAGGGUGGACGCAUGACCCUAGUGUUUGGGUGCCGCCACCCAGACGAGGACCACCUCUAUCGGGAUGAGAUGCUGAAGAUGGCCUGGAAGGGGGUGCUGCAUGAGGUGCACACGGCCUACUCUCGCCUGCCCGGCAAGCCCAAGGUCUAUGUGCAAGACCUCCUGCAGCAGCAGCUGGCCAGCGAGGUGCUCCGUGUGCUCCACGAGGAGCCGGGCCACCUCUAUGUGUGCGGCGAUGUGCGGAUGGCCCGGGACGUGGCCCACGCCCUGAAGCAACUGGUGGCAGUCAAGCUGAGCCUCAGCGAGGAGCAGGUGGAGGACUUUUUCUUCCAGCUCAAGAGCCAGAAGCGCUACCAUGAAGAUAUCUUCAGUGCUGUGUUUCCCUACGGGCUGAAAAAGGACGGGCAGCAGGGAAGCCCAGAGGUCUCGGGGAUCUGACAGUUAAAACCAGUCUGCAUGCAGUCAUGGAGCCCACUCUUGGUUAUCUGAGGUCCCUGGACCUGGAGAGAUGGAGGAAAGCAACAUCCCCACCUCCUUAUUUCCUCCCUUUUCCCCAAGCCUCUUACUUGGCCAACUGCCAGGUUGCAUCCUGGCGUGAUCAGAGCCUCCUGUUUCCCUUUCGGCACCCUCUUCCAAUUGCAAUACUUGGCAUGACCACCAGAAGGCGCUGCUGCACCAUCUUGUAUUUAACUGCCCUCUGUACAGUUAUUUAUGUCUCAGUAUUUAAAAAAACACCCUAGGCUGCUCCCGAGACCGCUUGGGUCUUC